GUCCUGGUCGGAUUUUGUCUUCUGUCUGUUUCGUCUGGCGGCUGGGGUCAGGAGUUCCUGGUCGCAGAGUGCCGUGGAGAAGGCGGGAGAGUGGUGUUCUCUGCCUCACAGCCCGUGGUGGGAGCCUGCAGGGGUGCGCACAGCUCACACGCGAGAUUUAAGCGCCAGGCCUCGGACGGGACCGCCAUUCCUGAGCGGCUGCUCCCUCUGCUCCCGCCCGGCUCAGCCCACAGAGGACAAUGGCGGCGCCCCCGCUGAGGAGACGGGCUGAGGUUGGCGUGACAUUUGAGGACAUUGCCCUGUACUUCUCCAGGGAGGAAUGGAGCCUCCUUGAUGAGGGUCAGAGACAGCUGUACCUGAAUGUGAUGCUGGAGAACUUUGAACUUACAUCCUCCCUGGGUUGCUGCUGUGGAGCAGAGAAUGUGGAGGCAGCGACUGAACAGAAGAUUUCUGUAAAAUUGUCACAGGAAAGGAUUCCACAGUUAUCCUUGUCUUCCCAGAAGAGCCACCCCUGUGACAGUUGUGGACUAGUUUGGGGAAAGAUUUUCCACAUGAUGGAGCUGCAGGGAACACAAUACAGACAGAUACUGUUGAGGUGUGGGGCAUGUGAAAAACAAUUUUAUUUCAGUGCAAAAUGUCACCAGCAGCAUGUGAGAGAGAAAACUUCCAUUAGAGGCGUGGAAAGGAUCUCACUUGCAAAUAGCUGCCAUUUCAAGGUGUCUCAAAAUCAUUUCACCUGUGGGGAGGUUGGUCAGGGUAUACAUUCCUGGUCAGGACAUCUCCACCUAAUGGCUACUCAAACCAGGGACAGGCCAAAUGAUAUUUUGAAGUGUGGGGUGAAGUUUCAAAGGAGAAAAAAAAACUACACAAGAAAAGAAUAUAACAAAGUCAUUGGCUGCAAUCACACGUUUAUACAGGAUAAAUGUUUCCAUGCUGGAAGUCAGUGUUUUCUGUGCUGUGAAUGUGGAAAUUAUUUUACCAAAUUUUCUAGCUUUCAUUAUCAACAGAGAGUUCACACUGGAGAAAACCCUUAUGAGUUCAGUGAAUAUAGAAAUACUGUUACCAAUAGCAGUGGCCUUCGUUGUCAUCAGAGAGUUGACACUGGAGAAAGGCCUUAUCAGUGCAGUGAAUGUGGGAAUUAUUUUACCAGUAACACUACCCUUCAUCGUCAUCAGAGAGUUCACACUGGAGAAAAGCCUUUCCAAUGUAGUGAAUGUGGGAAAUCUUUUACGACAAUGCAUAGCCUUCAUUGUCAUCAGAGACUUCACACUGGAGAAAGUCCUUAUGAGUGCAGUGAAUGUGGGAAAUCUUUUACCCGGAGCAGUAGCCUCUGUAAUCACCAAAGUUUACACACUGGCGAAAGGCGUUACACAUGCAGUGACUGUCCAAAAUCUUUUACCACUAGCACUGAUCUUGGUCGUCAUCAGAGAGUUCACACUGGAGAAAAGCCUUAUAAAUGCAGUGAAUGCGGGAAAUCUUUUGCCAGUAGUAGUUGCCUUCGGUGUCAUCAGAGAGUUCACACUGGAGAAAAGCCUUCUAAAUGCAGUGAAUGUGGGAAAUCUUUUACCACUAGCAGUGAUCUUCGCCGUCAUCAGAGAGUUCACACUGGAGAAAAGCCUUAUAAAUGCAGUCAGUGCGGGAAAUCCUUUACCACUAGCAGUUAUCUUCGUUGUCAUCAGAGAGUUCACACGGGAGAAAAGCCUUAUAAAUGCAAUGAAUGUGCGAAAUCUUUUAUGACUAGCAGUGAGGUUCGGCGUCAUGAGAGAGUUCACACUGGAGAAAAGCCCUAUAAAUGCAGUGAAUGUGAGCAAUCUUUUACCAUUUUAACAGCUACCUUCAUCGUCAUCACAGAGUUCACACCGGAGAAAAGCCCUAUAAAUGCAGUGAAUGUGGGAAAUCUUUUCUCACAAGCUCUCACCUUCAUCGUCAUCAGAGAGUUCACACGGGAGAAAAGCCUUAUAAAUGCAAUGAAUGUGCGAAAUCUUUUAUGA